AUGUCGGGUACGGAACUCGCGGCUCAGCGAGACUCGACCGGUAUAUUGUACCAAGGCUACGAGAACGACUUCCAUUUGUGUAUCUUCGAAGAGCCAAAUGUGCAAGGCAGAAACGAGAGGUACGAGUUCAGAUGUGACACCAGCCUCGAGUGUUGUGGUCGAGUGUGUUGUACUCCAGAAGUUGCUGCCAUUCCCUUGUGGUAAGUUUUCGAAUUUCAAGUUUAUUUCUUUUUAAAGUCUUAACCUCUUCAAGUAAAUGUAACACACUAAAGUAAAGUGAAGUUUUUAUAGUUAUAUUAUAUUUAUUUAAAAACUUAUAUGAUUGUAGGUUAUGGCUAUUGUUUUUGAUUUUGGGACUACUGGCUCUACUGGCACUGCUAUCCUUGCUGGCCUACUGGUGCGCCAGAAGGAAGAAGAAGCAAAAGAAGGGUAAGUUGACAUUACAUUCUUACUCUUUAUGGUUUCUUCUUGUAAAAUAACAUAACUAUUAAACAUUUCUUUGUAAAAUGACAAAGUUAAGACUAAAUUAGGUAACUAAUUUUGUUUUUACUAUGUUUACUAUGUCAUUUUACUGUAUGGUGCGAUUAAACGACGAAUUAUUUUAAAAAAUAUGUGUUUUAUCAACAGAAAGCUUGAUUUUGAGGUUCUUCUGAAUCUGAUAAUAGAUUUUAAAGUUUGAAAAAUGAAAGUUUGUGCUUUUAUGAUAAACCGACCAUAACAAUGUUUUGCAAUUGUUUUUGAUUACAUUUGACAAUAUUUUCUUAUGAUCUUAUUAAAAAAGUAUGGUUUGUUACCUAAAAUACCAUAAUGUGUUUAACCUAACUUGAUGUGCCAUUCCUUCUCUUAACCACACUUCCAGACAUGACUCAUGGUUAUCGUACGAUCCGGCAGAUGGACGACGACUUGAACAAGGGACGCUAUCUGGGUAAUGAUUGGGAUCGGGAUCGUGCGGGUUACGCCGAGGCCAACGAUUUGAACAACAAAAAAGUUGUAGGUGUGGACGAGUCGGAUCGUCGCGUGGCUGUCGCGGACCGUGGCCUGGCCCGGCCCAACAGUUUCCACGAAGAGGAGACGUACGAAGAGUCUAUCAACGAGGAGAUGGAGUACGGUCCCGGCUCCGACGAUGAGAUCGAGCUACAGAGUCUGAAGCGGACGGAGCGUGGCAACUCGUCCUACCGCAUCUCCUGA